CUCUUUGCUUCUUUACAUUUCUACUGUAAGUUAAGUACGUUUUCCCUAAUUAGUGAAGUAUUUAUCGAUAGGUUUCCGGCUUAAUGUUAAUGUUUAAGUUUACCAUGGAUUGAAAAGAUGGAGAUCUUGACAUUUCUUGUCGCUUUGAUAUGUAUCUUAAAAGUAAAUGCACAAUAUGAAGUUUUCACUAACCAAUUUACUUGGGUAAUAGCAAAAUCGAAAUGUGAAGACAAGAAAGGAAAUUUAGCAAUAUUUCGAGCUUCCUCGAGAACGAUAAAUAUCACACAAAUAGACGCCAGUCUGGAACCAGACACAAUGUAUUGGAUUGGUGGCCGUCUUCAUGAUAAUGGAUGGAACUUUUAUGACAAUAGGUGCACAGAGAACUCAGCAGAGAAUGAAGUACCUUCAAAGGAAGUAAUAAUCUACAAAGGUUGCUUUCGUUCUUCCCUUAUCAAAGGAGGAUUUCAACUUAAGAAUGUCAACACUAGAAAUUGCUUCCAGAAAUGUGGAUGGAAGGGAACCAUUGGUUUAUAUAGUACGAUGUGUCUGUGUGAACACCAUUUACACCAGUUGACAAGACUGUCAAAUGAUGAAUGUAACAUAAAAUGUACUCACUGUAAGAGUGACACUUGUGGUGGAAUAAAGGGAGUGUCCGUCUACAGUUAUAAAAAGAGUCUAAUUCACAACAUAACCGAUGAUACAACAGGGGAAAUGUGUGCUUACGUACAGAUAGAUCAGUCCGGAACCAGAACAAUGUAUCCCGCAGAUUGUUUUACUCACAUGAAGUAUAUAUGUCGAUUUGACGGUGGUUUAUACUGCGGCCAAACAACACACUGUUUCCGGCCCUCGUUCACCGCUGACAUUUGGUCCAAGGCCCGGCAUAAUUGUAGGGCUAUAAAUGGAACCCUAGCCUCUACAAGCAUUGAUGGUGAUCUACCGUCUGGGAAGUUCUGGGUGGCCAUUAAAAAGGAUGUCACGUGGAGAUGGCUUGAUGAUAACACGAUUUCCUCCUCCCAGCUCUCAACGUGGACAAUCUCAGGCGGAUCUGUCAGCAGAUCAAGGGGGAACUGUUUGGCCCUCCGCGUUUCAACCUCAGAUCUUGCUGAAUUAACAACCGCUGAUUGUGAUAGGAAACUAAGUUUUGUUUGCCAAUAUGGUUAGUGAAAUUAU